ACAACAAACCACGUUUUGACAAAAUCACUUUUUCAUGUGCGCGGCGAUUGGAGAUUGUUUUAUCUUUGUAUAAAAACACAUUCAUUCUUCUUUUUAUUUUUCAUACACACAACACUGAUUAAUCAUGGGUACAACUUCUCGAUCCAAAGUUACUAGGUAUUUGCCUGUUGGUAUCCGUAGAGAAUUGUCUAGGCAAAAACUGCAGCAAUAUGCAGACAACAAUCUUGUUGAUGUAGAAUUUGAUUUUCUUGAUGAUUGUGAUGUGGAUUUAGGUAAUAGUAGUUCCAGUUCCGAUGACUUUCAUUUAGAUAUCGAAGAUGAAGACGAUGAUGAAUCUUCUCAGAAGAUUCAUGGCGGUAGCAACGUUGAAGAGAAUAGAAAAUUUUGGGAUACUCAACUUCAGCUUCUGCAGACAAAUGUAUAUAAAAUAAGUGCAAUGGAAUUAAGCAUAAAGAACGCAACGAAAGAAGCGAUUGAGGAAAUAGAUAGAUCAGAAAUAGAGUGCACUUGCAGUGGACAGAUCAAGGGUUCAUCAGCCAGAUCAUGUAGAAACUGUUUUAUGAGACAAGUCUCUAGGUGCCUUCAAAAUGCCGGUUUCAAUAGUGCCAUUUGUAACACUAAAUGGAUGAAGUCACAUAAUCUUCCAUCAGGGGAACAUGCAUUUUUGGAUGUGAUACAUAGUACAAGCAAAGAUAAAGCAGAUGUUAGGAUAAUCAUAGAACUAAACUUUCGAUCACAAUUUGAGAUGGGAAAAGCAAGUGAGGAUUACAACAAUCUUGUGAGAAAACUCCCAGAAGUGUAUGUAGGAAAAGUAGAGAGAUUAAGCAACAUAAUAAAGAUCAUGUGUAUGGCAGCUAAGAGAUGUUUGAAGGAAAACAAAAUGCACAUGGGACCAUGGAGAAAACAUAAAUACAUGCAAGCUAAGUGGUUGGGCCCAUGUAAGAGGAAUACUUCGACAAAUUCAAUUUCAAUGGGAAAUUCUCAGAGGAUUAGUCCAAAGCAGAAGCUGCAGGCAUCAAUGCUAACCGUGGAUUUGUUAGACAAGAUUCCUAGCAUGCAUUGUACUGCUGUUAAAGUUGUGUAAAUUGCUAUUGUUGAUUAAGAUAAAAGCUUUGUUGUUUUUUUUUUUUUUCUGUAGUGAGAGAGAGGUGUGAAUUGAAUAUUGUUUCAUUCAUAAGUAUGUUAAAAUAAGUUAUAAGCAAUACAUGGAUAGUCAUUUGUAUGAUGCUAAGAAAUUUUGUUAAGAAAUUUUCAAGAUCAAGAUAGUUACAUAUUUUUU